AUGGUCAGCUGCGUUGUGCCUGACUACCACAAUUACUCAGAAAAGACGGGAGAAGCCGUGAGUUACCACAAGUUCCCGCAAGACAAUAGAACGAAGGCAUGGCUCGACCGAGUAAGGCGUGUAGAUAUGCCACCCCUGGAAAACAACUAUGUUUGCAGCGAACACUUCUUGCCCAGCUGUUUUCGGAUGGAUUUCCCUGCUGAACUAAUGGGCGAAAAGGUUCGAAAAAAAUUAAGGGAUGACGCUAUACCGUCUCUGUUUAAAUAUGGUCCGGAACCCAAAAAAGCGCGAGACUGUAAUUUCACUUUCAUUAUUUCGACAUUACGAUAAAAACAGACAAUUGAACAUUCCAAAAAUAUUUGUAGAAAAUACUGUUAAGUAUUGAACUUUAUUCCAUCAGGCUGUGAAAGAACUUUUAGCUGCUGACUCCCAGACUGUGACGAUGAGUCAAGCUCUUCUUCAGAGGAUGUCUUGGAAGACUCUUCAGAUCAAGACCAGUUUGAUAAUAAUGAAGAAACAGGCUCCUCAGAACCAAGAGUGCAUGACAUUGGCAUUCAGUGUUGCUGUCAGCCUGUUACCUUAAGAAGUUUAGCAGUUCAAACUGAGGAUUCCAAACUAAAAAAGAACAAAGCUAAUGUUACCCCCACCCCUAUACAAAACGAGCCCUACAUGUAUGUCCCACCAUAUGUAGAUGCUGUACAAUGGAAGGUUUUGAAGGAUCACACUUAUUCUUUACGAGCAUGUCCCAGUUCAGUGUUUCCUACUUAUGAUGAUAACUUUUUUAGCACCAUCCCUUUCACUCCAUUGCACAAAGAAGACCCAAGGCUUGAAAAUGAUGAUGACAACAUUGAUGGUCAUGUGAAUUACACAGAUGAUGAAGUUGAUGAUGAAGACCUAGAUCCCCACUGGAAAUUCCCCCCUAAAGGAAAACACUAUGGCAAUGCUGAUGAAGAUGAUGAUGAUGACGAUGAAAAAUCAGAAGAUGAGUUCCCAGAAAAACCCGGCAAUGAAAAAAAUUUGUAG